AUGAGAUUAUUGAUUAGUUUAAUUUAUACAACUUAUCAAACUUUGAUUUAUUAGUUUAAUGCUAAUUCCUAUAACAGAGAUGGUAAUUUCUUAUAAUUUAUAUUUUAGGAUGGCAGGAUUUGGGAGGUGAUACUAUUUUCACUUCUUGUGGAGGGAUCCACUAUUUUGGGUCGGCUUAUGGUGGCCUUGUUGUUAAUAGCAAAUUAUUUAACGUUCCUGAAGAUCAUUCCCAUAUUUAAGUAGAUUGUAAAAUAUUAAAGUAACAAUAUUAUUAAUUUGUGAAGUAUUGAUGGAGACACUUCUGUUCCUGUAUUUGAAGUAGACUAUAGAAGAAGGCCUAAUUUUGAGUCAACUUUUUUGUCUUAAAAUCAACUUUGUGGAAAUUCACUUUAAGAAUACAUUUAGUCUACAACUUUGAUAAUUUAGCAUAAUAGACGAACUGUUUGGAUGUUUGUUGAAACCUUUAAUGGAGGGGGAUUAAUAUCAUUAAAAUUAAGUACCAUAAAAUGUUAGUAUAAUUGUGAUGGUUGCAUAGAGAAUUAAAAAAUAUUUUGCUUAAAAUGGAAACUGCAUUAAUAUUCAUUUAUCUAAAUAUCACUGACAAAUUUUGAUGGAUGGACAUAUGUACCAUAGUAUUCUGAUCAUUACUAUUGUGGAUAUUGCCAAUAUUUGUUAUAUUAAUAAAUUCAAUAUUCUACUAAACUUCCUCUACAUAAAGAUGUAUUAAUAAGGUUUUUUAAAGCUGAUGGAUAUACUAUUAUUGUAGACUAUAUAUAAGGCAUAAAAACUAUAAGUUCCUACUAUUAGCAAGUAGAAAUAUUAAUAGAAAAUCAUUAUGAUACUAUAUUAACACUCAAGAUUUAAACCCAACCAAUUAGUGACUAUGGGUAAAUAAGAGAUUUUGACGUAUUUUACACUUAGCCAGAAUAAAUAAUUGUUAAUUAUUUGAAUUAAGGGUGUUUAGCUUAAAUUGAGGAUAAAUGCUUGAUUUGCUAAGAAGGUUGGAUUUAAUAUAAAUAUCUUGAAACUUGUCAUCCAAUAUGUCCUGUUGGAACUAUUUAAGAUAAAUAUUGCUCUUUAAGAGUAAUUUAGCAAUAAUCAGAAAUAAUAGUAAGCAAAUAGAUUGAAGGUUGUUAAGAGUAAAUUGAUAAUACAUGUCUGAUUUGCAAAGAAGGUUGGGUUAAAGAUAAGUUUCUUGAAAAUUGUCAUCCAAUUUGUGGUGAUGGGAUUAUCCAAGGUUAAGAACAAUGCGAUGACGCUAAUUUAAUAUCUAACGAUUCUUGUUAUUAAUGCAAAUAUUCAUGCAUAAACUUUUGUAAAACUUGUGUGUUUGGAAUUUGUUUUGAAUGUGUUUUUGGAUUUGAUCUUAAUUCUGAUUUUAAUUGUGUUUCUUUGUGUGGAGAUGGUAAUGUUGUUCCUUAUUCGGCUGAAUAAUGCGAUUUAACAGAUUCUGGAGAAUGGGAUCAUUGUUAGGAUUGUAGAUUUGUAUUUAUAGCUAAUUGUAGACGCCAACUACUUUCAAUGUGCUUAGUGUGUGAGCAUGGAUAUUAACUUUUAGAUAAUCAAUGUUUUCCUCAUUGCGGAGAUAAAUUUGUUCUCUAAUAAUACGAAGAAUGUGAUGAUGGAAAUUUACAACCUUAUGAUGGUUGCUUUGAAUGUAAAUUUCAAUGUGCUGAAGAUUGCAACAUAUGUUACCUAGGGUAAUGCAUUUUAAAAUGUGAAGAUGGAUAUAGAUUUGUUAAUAAUAGGUGUCUUUCUGUUUGUGGCGAUUAAAUUGUCACAAAAGAAGAAGAUUGUGAUGAUGGCAAUACAAUCUAAUUUGAUGGAUGCUUUGAUUGCAAAUAUUCUUAUUCGUGUCCAGAAAAUUGCCGUGAAUGCUAUUCAGGUAUUUGUUUAAAGUGCAAUGAUUACUAUGAAUUGCUAAUUUCAAAUUAAUGCAAAUUCUAAUUAUAAUUAUAAUUAUAAUGUGGAGAUGGAUUUCUUUAGUAACAAGAGGAAUGCGAUGAUGGAAAUUUGGAAGUACUUGAUGGAUGCAGGGAUUGCUUGAUUGAAUAAAAUUGGAUAUGCACCGCAAUGAUAAGAGAUUCUCCUAGCUAGUGCGCAUUUAUCUAAGCACCAAAAAUAGUAAUGACUUAUCUCAACAUGACUUCAAAUUUAUAAUACAUAAGAGUCUAGUUUAACUAAUAAGUAAAAAUUUACUCAACCUAACCUUUAUCAGAAACAAUAAAUUUUAAAUUAUCAAAUUUAAAUAAGAAGAGUUGGAAUAGCAGCUUAUAUGUCAUUGAGGAUGUGGGAUCAUAUGUAAGUUUUGGAGAAUAUGUCAUAGAAAUUGAAAUCCAUCAAUUACUUGAAUUUCGACCUAUCUUAACAAUUGAAGUUAAUCAAACUGUUGCUAAUAUGGAUAAUUCUGUUUUGGAUGACUUUACAAAAUCAAUAACUUUACAAUAUCCAUAAUAUCUUGAAGAAACUUAGAAAGAGUAUGCUUACAAGUUGAAAAAUUUAAAUAUGUAUUUGAUCUAUGGUUUGUCUGGUAUUACCUGUGCACAUCNGUCUGAUUUGCAAAGAAGGUUGGGUUAAAGAUAAGUUUCUUGAAAAUUGUCAUCCAAUUUGUGGUGAUGGGAUUAUCCAAGGUUAAGAACAAUGCGAUGACGCUAAUUUAAUAUCUAACGAUUCUUGUUAUUAAUGCAAAUAUUCAUGCAUAAACUUUUGUAAAACUUGUGUGUUUGGAAUUUGUUUUGAAUGUGUUUUUGGAUUUGAUCUUAAUUCUGAUUUUAAUUGUGUUUCUUUGUGUGGAGAUGGUAAUGUUGUUCCUUAUUCGGCUGAAUAAUGCGAUUUAACAGAUUCUGGAGAAUGGGAUCAUUGUUAGGAUUGUAGAUUUGUAUUUAUAGCUAAUUGUAGACGCCAACUACUUUCAAUGUGCUUAGUGUGUGAGCAUGGAUAUUAACUUUUAGAUAAUCAAUGUUUUCCUCAUUGCGGAGAUAAAUUUGUUCUCUAAUAAUACGAAGAAUGUGAUGAUGGAAAUUUACAACCUUAUGAUGGUUGCUUUGAAUGUAAAUUUCAAUGUGCUGAAGAUUGCAACAUAUGUUACCUAGGGUAAUGCAUUUUAAAAUGUGAAGAUGGAUAUAGAUUUGUUAAUAAUAGGUGUCUUUCUGUUUGUGGCGAUUAAAUUGUCACAAAAGAAGAAGAUUGUGAUGAUGGCAAUACAAUCUAAUUUGAUGGAUGCUUUGAUUGCAAAUAUUCUUAUUCGUGUCCAGAAAAUUGCCGUGAAUGCUAUUCAGGUAUUUGUUUAAAGUGCAAUGAUUACUAUGAAUUGCUAAUUUCAAAUUAAUGCAAAUUCUAAUUAUAAUUAUAAUUAUAAUGUGGAGAUGGAUUUCUUUAGUAACAAGAGGAAUGCGAUGAUGGAAAUUUGGAAGUACUUGAUGGAUGCAGGGAUUGCUUGAUUGAAUAAAAUUGGAUAUGCACCGCAAUGAUAAGAGAUUCUCCUAGCUAGUGCGCAUUUAUCUAAGCACCAAAAAUAGUAAUGACUUAUCUCAACAUGACUUCAAAUUUAUAAUACAUAAGAGUCUAGUUUAACUAAUAAGUAAAAAUUUACUCAACCUAACCUUUAUCAGAAACAAUAAAUUUUAAAUUAUCAAAUUUAAAUAAGAAGAGUUGGAAUAGCAGCUUAUAUGUCAUUGAGGAUGUGGGAUCAUAUGUAAGUUUUGGAGAAUAUGUCAUAGAAAUUGAAAUCCAUCAAUUACUUGAAUUUCGACCUAUCUUAACAAUUGAAGUUAAUCAAACUGUUGCUAAUAUGGAUAAUUCUGUUUUGGAUGACUUUACAAAAUCAAUAACUUUACAAUAUCCAUAAUAUCUUGAAGAAACUUAGAAAGAGUAUGCUUACAAGUUGAAAAAUUUAAAUAUGUAUUUGAUCUAUGGUUUGUCUGGUAUUACCUGUGCACAUCUAAUAUUAGGAAGUGGAAAUUUAUUUAUCGAAAUAUUGGCAAUCCUUUAAUCCCAAUAAUAUUUGAGAUACAUUAACCUUUAAUUUCCAUAAAAUUUAGAGAUUUAUUUUUCUGUUAAUGACUUGUUAACAAUUCAACCUCUAUUAGAUUUUUUAGAUUUUUAAUACAUAUUUUCUUUAUUUGAGCUUCAGUAAAACUAAUAACCAUAUUCUGAAGGAAAGUUUGCUGUUUACUAAUAAAACCCAAGCUUAAUCAUCAAUCUUUCAUUCCAAAUAUUAUAAUGCUUAACAUUUUUAUUUCUUAUUUUGUUGUGUAAUUUGAUAAAAAAAGUGAUGUUCAAAUGGAUAUUUUGUUAAAGGAACUUUUACUAUGCUUCAACUUUAUCUAUGUAUGUAAAUCCAAAAAUGGUUUUUAAUUGUUAGAAAUCCUUUUAUAAAAUUUGCCUAAAAUUACUUAAUUUGGAAAAAUAUAUGUCUUUUUAAGGAUUAUAAAAAGCUUUAAUUCUAAAUGGUUGGGAUAUGACGUUUAAAAUACUAUUGUAUACACGAACCUUUUCAACUAGUAAUUACUUAGAUAUUGUGCAAAUUAUUAUGACUUGCGUACUUCUUACUCUUUAUUUUACAAUAUUGCUUGAUAGUUUCAAAUGUAAAUAAAAACUAUCAAAGAUGAAAAGGUUUGAAAUUUUAAGUUAUGGUAGAUAAUUUUUCUUUUUAUUCUACUUGAUUAAUUUUUAAAAUUCCCAAAUAUUAUAAUUAGGAUUACUCUUCAUGACAAAUGUGCUUUAGAUUAGUUUGUUAUUUAGUUAUAGGCAGAUUCAAAACACAAAGAAUUAUAUUGUUUAAAUGGUGGUUGAGAUAUCAGUAUUGACUUUUAUGCUUAGUUCAUUCUUAUACAUCAAAGAAUGUAAUGAAUAUUUUAAUGAAGAGAGAAAAAUAAUAUUGGGAUGGAUUCAUAUAAUUAUUUUAUCUGCAGGUAUUAUUGUAGAAACAAUUUUUAUCAUCAAAGAUUAAUAUUAAGCAUGGAAAAAAUUAUACAAAAGAAAAAAGCCAUAAUGUGCUAGACAUCCUUUAUUCAUAUGA